AAAAAAAAAAGUCACACACAUGGCAAGAACAGGAAAUGGGAAAGCCUUCUUUUUACUGGCAGCUAAGUGUUGUGUUGUUCCAAAGUAUCAUGGCAACUGUACAACCAAACCAAUGCACUUGCUUAACAUCUUUCUAAAGAGUAAGAUUAAUUUGAUGAUAGAUGGAACAGUCUUUCAGCUAUUAUAAAGUACAAAGCAAUCAGCUAAACACUAAUGUGUGUUAGCUAUAAUUUAAGUCUUCUUUAAAAAGAUAGCAAGAGAUGCACAUACAUAUAUACAACUGGGGAAAAAAGAAAACACUAUUGCUGUCCUAUCUGCUUGCAUGAGAUAAAGAUGCCCUAUCUCCCACAGAUUAAAAAUACUUCAUUUUCUCAUCAUGCUUAGAAUUCAGGUGAAACAAGAAGUGAUCUCAUCUUACAAUGCUCUCUAGUCCCUUAUUUUUGUCAUGAAACAGGAUAUUCCUUGGAAAGCCCAGAGUGUCUUUUACCCUGUCCUUUAAUUUGGUUGAGAGGCGGCAACUAAAUUUAAAGUACAGAAGAAUCCAGCUACGGGAGUAAGUCAAAUUAAGCUGCUAGUUGAGGUAAUGGCUGCCUCAUCCAUAAUUGACAAUUCAUGAUUUAGCCACUAAAUUGCUAAGGGGUUCAUAAAUUACGAUGUUUCUCUGUAAAUCUUACUCUGCUGUGAUAACUCACUGUAGAUAAGAGGUCUGGGGAAAGGGGAGUGCUUUUCUGCUCCCAGUAUUUUUAUUCUAAAGAUUAUAAUUUAUUUGAGAGCACGAGGGAGAUGGGGAGAGAGAGAGAGCAUGUGUGCAUGUGAGCUCACGCACGAGUGGGGGAGGGGCAGAGAGACAGGGAGAAGCAGGGCCUGACACUGGGCUGGAUCCAAGGCCCCCCAACCCAUCAUGACCUGAGCUGAAGGCAGACACUUAACUAAGCCAUCUAGGGACCCCUCCCAGUAUAUAUAUAUUUUUAAGAUUUUAUUUAUUCAUGAGAGACAUAGAGGCAGAGACACAGGCAGAAGGAGACGCAGGCUCCCUGCGGGGAGCCCGAUGUGGGGCUCGACUCCUGGACCCUGGGAUCACAACCUGAGCUGAAGGCAGAUGCUCAAUGAGCCACCCAGGUGCCUCCCAGUAUUUUUUUUUUUUUUCUUUCUUUAAAAUAGAGAUAUACAAUAGGUUUUCUUGGAGAAUUUUUUUUUUUUUAAUGGAAUACAGGAAAGGGAUCUACUUGACAUCUCUCCUUAGAAAUAUUGGCAGUUUUUCUUAAACAAUCCAGUUCCUCAUCUGUUGCUUUUUCAUUUUGUAUACUGCAAGUUCCCAAGCAACUCAAAUUUGCAAACACAGCUAUGGAUACGCUCGCUAUUUGCUUUACAGCAGUUACGUGGGAAUCUAGAGGUCUGUUUUUUGUUAUUUUCCCCGCCUCUCCAUUUCUUAAUUGUAUGUAACCAGCAACAUUUAUGGUCGGAGGUUGAUUUACAAGUUGCCAAGUCUGUGGCUGAUGGUUUGCAGCCUCUAGCUUGAAGCAAGAAAAGGAUGAGUAGUCAGGAACUGGUCACUUUGAAUGUGGGAGGGAAGAUAUUCACAACAAGGUGCUCUACCAUAAAGCAGUUUCCUGCUUCUCGGUUGACACGAAUGAUGGAGGGCAGAGACCAAGAGUUCAAGAUGGUUGGUGGCCAGAUUUUUGUGGACAGAGAUGGCGUGCUAUUUAGUUUCAUCUUAGAUUUUUUGAGAACUCAUCAGCUUUUAUUACCAGCCGACUUUUCAGACUAUCUGAGGCUUCAGAGAGAAGCUCUUUUCUAUGAACUGGAUCCUCUGGUCGACCUCUUAAACCAAGAAGACCUGCUACUGCCAAGACCUGCUCUUGUGGAGGUGCAGUUCCUAAGCAGAAACACUCAAGCUUUCUUCAGGGUGUUUGGCUCUUGCAGCAAAACAAUUGAGAUGCUAACUGGGAGGAUUACGGUGUUUGUAGAGCAACCUUCCACACUGACCUGGAGUAGUAACUCUUUCCCUCCUCAGAUGACCUUACUUCCUCUGCCUCCACAAAGACCUUCCUACCAUGACCUGGUUUUCCGGUGCGGCUCCGACCACACUACUGAUAACCAAACUGGAGUCAGGUAUGUUUCUAUAAAACCUGAUAACCGAAAAUUGGCCAACGGAACUAACGUCCUCGGCUUACUAAUCGACACUUUAUUAAUGGAAGGCUUCCACCUAGUCAGCACUAGAACAUCAUCCUCUGAAGACAAAACUGAAUGCUAUAGCUUUGAAAGGAUAAAAAGGCCUGAAGCUCUCACCAUGAACAAAACACUGAAACCAGAAACUACCCUGUCGGAGCAAUCUCAGAAAAAGAAAUGAGGUCCCCUGUUCUCUUUUACAGUAAAGAGAAAUUGCCAUUUUCUUUUUUGGAAAUUCCACAUUUAUGGCAUGUAUGUUAGUCAAAUAUGUACUCAGUGUAACUCUUGUCCGUGCUUCCUAGCAUGCCAUCUCUGGCAACCAUACUUCACCAGUGCUUAUGCCACGCUAACGGCUUGCUGCUCUCUGAAUACCACUGUGCACUUAGUGCGUUGGCACAUGUUCCUUCUACCUUCAAUGCCUCCUUCCCUUUCUUUUCUUGAACACUUAUACAACUCUCAAGAAUGGGCUCUGGAAUCAGACUGCUUGAUUUCUAAUCCCAACUUAAUCAGUUACUAGCUAUGUGACUUGGGCAUGCCAUUUAAGCUCUUUGUGCUUCAACUUCAUCAUCUAUCAAAUGAGGAUAAUAUAUCUCCCUUAUACGAUAUAUGAAAAUAAAAGGAGAUAAUGUAAAAUACCCAACACACUGUCUGGCACAAGGUAGGCACCAAGUAACUUUGGUGAUGGUGACGAUGAUGAAGGAGAGAAAGACAGACUGGUGGCCCACUUUCAAAUGUACCUUCUCAGUGAGGCCUUAUCUUCCUCCUUUCCCAAGCAUAUUAACCAGCCCUUUCCUCUGUAUAGACUUACAUGCCAUCAUAAAACAAUUUUUUUUCACCUGAAUGUGAGCUCAAUCCACUCAACAAUUUUAACACUACUAUGUAUAAACCACUGCUAAAUAUUUGGUGAGAGGAAUAAUAACUUUGUUACUAAUUGGCACCUACAUGUGGCCCAACAUUUCAUAUGGGUACCACUUAACUCUUAACUUCUUAACUGAAUUAAUUUCAUUGUUAUUUAGUGUUAUUUUAAAAUA